AUUAAAUUCGGCUUCUUUCUUUGUCUACCACUUAUUAUAUCUCCUCCUAGGACCCUGCAAGCCUGCAUCGAGCCAUUGCUUUGCUCGAUAGAGGUACUUUCUUUUGGCAUUGAUUUUUUUUCCCUUUGGAUAAGAUCGCUGCACCAACAGUCCAACGCCCUCCAACAAAGAGCUUUUGUUUUACUCUGUUGGUCAAUCGAUCAGGUGACCUUCUCACGCGACCAUCAUCCAUUCUUCCUUCCGCCCAACAGUUCAGGAAGAAGCAACAAAGCGAAGCAAAAUAGGGUUUCGCAAAACUCCGCGCCUCCCUCGUGUUCGAACCAUUUCUACCACCUGCUGCAUCUGUAUCUUAUUUCGUCAAUCUUCUCUCUUGCGGAAACUAUUGAACCCUCCCAAACGUCCAAGAAUCACAGUCCCCAAGCGCGCCCCUCAGACAUUGCUCUUGUAGCUGGCUACCUACCUACCUACCUGCUGCGCUACUACACAAACAGGCAUCGACGCCGAAUUGUUUCCUCUCCCAGUUGCCAAUUCCUACUAGAUCCCUGCUGGCAAUCUCCGUUCCCAACGUUGACUGUGCUUCCUCAACCCUUGAGAAGCCCGCAUCUCAUAAUAGGAGCUGGUCCCAUUGUUGAAGAUACACCUGGUUCCUUGCGCUUCUGCCCGCUCAGUGGUUAGCAAUUAUAUUUCUUUCUUGAAUUGCUCAUAAACUCUCGAUCCACCAUUUCUCGAUCUUCGACUUCGUAGACAUCAUGUCAAACAGCAUCAAACAGGCGGCUGAAGCAGUUCGAUCCAGAACAUCCGAAGUUAUGGGUGGCGCAGGAAAAGGAUCUGGAGGCGAGACCGCAGCGGUUGCCAAUGACUUCCUGCAUACGCCUUUCAUGCGCGCCGCUUUACCAUUCCUGAAUGGUGGUGCCGCCGGCAUGGUUGCCACCACAGUCAUCCAGCCUGUCGACAUGAUCAAGGUUCGACUUCAACUUGCCGGUGAAGGCAUGGCGGGCGGCGUCAAGCCAACACCGCUCUCCGUCACGCGCGACAUUCUUGCUAGUGGUAGGGCGUUGGACCUCUACACUGGACUCUCGGCUGGUCUCCUUAGACAAGCCGUAUACACGACAGCGCGCCUAGGUUUCUUUGACACAUUCAUGGGCACGCUCACCGCGAAGGCCAAAGAAAAUGGGUCGGCGAUUGGCUUCAAGGAGCGAGCUGCGGCCGGCCUCUCGGCAGGUGGUCUCGCGGCUAUGAUCGGCAACCCUGCAGACCUUGCGCUUAUCCGCAUGCAGAGUGACGGCCUCAAACCCAAGGAGUCGAGGCAAAACUACAAGUCAGUAAUAGAUGCUCUGGCGCGCAUCACCAAGAAUGAGGGAAUCGCAGCACUCUGGUCGGGCGCAACGCCAACAGUGGUGCGAGCCAUGGCUCUCAACUUUGGGCAGCUCGCCUUUUUCAGUGAAGCCAAGGCCCAACUCAAGAGCCGGACCGACUUGAAUCCCCGUGUGCAGACCCUCACUGCCAGCGCGGUUGCCGGGUUUUUCGCCUCGUUCUUUUCGUUGCCCUUUGACUUUGUCAAGACAAGACUGCAGAAGCAACAGCGCGGCCCCGACGGAAAGCUUCCGUAUAGGAACAUGAUUGACUGCUUCGGCCAGGUUGCCAAGCAGGAGGGAGCGUUACGGUUCUACCGUGGGUUCUGGACAUACUAUGUCCGCAUUGCCCCACAUGCCAUGGUCACACUGAUCGUUGCCGAUUACUUGGGCUGGAUAACAAAAUAAGCACGACAGAGUUUGGUCUUUUUUCUCGUGAAGUCGCUUCGUUGCAGCAUUUUCAAUGGUUGUUAUUGGGUUGAUAUGACUUUGUUUGCUCUGCUUGCUGUGAGAUUGGAGUUCAGGCAGAUCAAGUCUUUAUUUUAUUGUUUGGCUUUUGUCAGUUCGGGGGGCAAAAGAGCCCGAAGAUCACGUUUUAUACUUUUCUUGGACGUCCUAACAUGAAGACGAGACCCUGGCUUAUAUAAAGUCAUUCCCUGUACCUCAAGGUAUACACCAAAGAAGGUAGAUUGAUUCUCUGAAUAGGUGCCA